CACACACAGGCAGCACAUGUCUCCACUGCUGUCCUCCCUGUCUUGUUUGGUGGUCUACCUCCGCCGGCAGCAGCACUCAUCGUUCCUCUCUUUGACCCGGUCUCCUCACUCGGCCGAGGCCUGGCGCCUGCUCUGCCACUCCAGCCUCUCCCUGCUCAUCCUCUACAACCGACACCGAGAGUGCGAGGUGGCUAAGCUCACCAUCCAGGACUACCGCAGCCGCGUCCCCCCGCAGUCCAGCUCAAGCACCAGCCCCCCAUCUGGCAUGGAAGCCUUCCUGUCUCCUUUCGAACGCCAGGUCCUGUGCCACCUCCCACGGGCGGGCGUCUUAGGCAAGCGCGGCCGCGUUCAGCCGCUCAUUCUCCCGCCGCAGUGUGAGUCCUGCCUGGACCUGCUGCUCCAGACCAGCCCCAGCGUCGGCGUGGAUCCCGAGAGCCCCUACGUCUUCUCCCGGCCCUACCACUCCCCGGCCACGCCCCUCCGCGGCACGGACCUGCUGAGGAACUUGGCUCGCGCCAGCGGGGCCAAGAACCCCGUGUCUCUGACGGCGACACGAGUGCGACGGCAGGUGGCCAUCCUCACCCAGCUGCUGCUGCUGGACGAGGGCGAGGGCCAGGGGGCGGCCGUCAAACGGCUGGAGGACUUCCUGGAGCGGGAGUACCACGUGACCCAGAACUGCUCCACGAUCAUACGAGAUCCGGCGCUGAUGGGUCGCGUAGGUCGCGUCGUUCUGUACGGAGAGAGGGAGGGGGUGCUGUUCAGGGGCAUGAGCCUGCAGGACAUUUGCCUCGAGUUAGAUGUGAUGUCUGGAAACUCGGCGGAUUCGUUCUCAGAAGACUCAGAGGUGGAAGAAGAGAAGGAAGAGGUGAAGGAGCAGAUAGAGAUAACUGUGAAGAAAAAAGGACCGGGCCGACCACCGCGGAAGAAGAAAGCGCCCGUUCCUCCGCCCACCGCCGGCCCACCACCAGCUAACGACAACAAGAGGAGAUCGACUCCGGUUAAAUCAGGGAAACGCGGCGUGCUGAAGCGUCCCUGGUCGGAGGCGGAGCGCGUCGCGGUGGAGACGCACCUCAAGCGGAACCUCCUGGAGCUGAGGGUCCCGGCGAAGGCAGACUGCGAGCGCUGCCUGGAACUCUGCCCCCUGCUGGUGAGCAACCAGCGGGACUGGCGAGCCAUCAAGUUCUACGUCCACAAUCGCAUCCAGCUGCUGAAGAAGCAGGGGAGACGGGAAAGUGCCACCGUCAGCUAGAACAAAAAAAAACCUCGAAUUUUCAAAGAGGACCGGCACCAUGAUGUACAUUAACCCACCAGCAGACAAGAUGGAGAGGGCAAAACGGGGUUUCUUUCUCUGCUACGGGUGCAUCACCUGACAUUUUGGUGGAUUCCAGGUGCGAUCACCUCAGUCGUAAGGGAGAAGUGGAAUAAAAGUGAUUAAGCUAAAAAAAAGGAAUAGA